UAGUGAUGUGUGGAGUUAUGGAGCUGUAAUGUAUGAGAUUUGGUCAGUAGGACAUAAGCCAUUUGAAAUGUACACUAAUCAAGAAUGCAUUAGACUGGUUGAUUCAGGCUAUAGAUUACCACCUCCUCCAGGAUGUCCUAAACCAAUGUAUAAACUAAUGAUGCAAUGCUGGAAUCCUGAUACUUAUAAUCGUCCAAGUUUCUCAGGUAUAUCAUCAAGUCUAUCCUCACCUGAUAAACAAUUACUAAUGAUUAAUAAAGAGGAUCCUGUUACUGUACUGGGUGGAGCUUUAGAAACAAGCCACUCCCUCUACACCGACUUACAGUACAUGUACAAGAACUGAUUUUAUGUCUCCAUCUUCUUUUUUAAUUUAUUGCAGGCAGAAUUGUAAUUUUUGUUAUAUCCCCAUUACUGCGCUAUUUGCUGUUUGUAUGAAAUGUAUUGUGACAGUUUUUAUAGUUAUGUGUCGUUUUAAAUAA